AUAAAUUUUUUAUUUGACUCUAAUUAAUUUUUUAAGGUGACAACUAACAUCCUUUAAAAAUUAUGUGUGGAACAACGAACGUGGUUAAUGAAUGUCAAGAUUAUUGUUAAAUUCAUCAAAAAAAUCAAACUGAAGCUCCAUCGGUUUAUUCAAGAUAGAAUGUUAAAAUGGUUUGAUUUAUUAAAAAGGGGAGUUGAAUUGUCUUGCAAAUGACCUAAGUAAAUAUAAAGAAAUCGAAGGUUCUGAAGGAAUCUCUCAAAGAUCAGAUAUAUUUAAAAAGGAAGCAAAUCACUAAAAUAUUACCAAUAAUAUAUAAUAUGAAUAAGCUACAUUCAACUGUUAAUAUGAUAGACAUUAAUCAAACAAAUCUAAAAGCUUUAAAUGAAGUCAAUCAAUAUCAUUCAAUUAUAUUUAAUCCAUAUAUUGAUUAUAAUCAAUUAUUAUCAAUCAAUAAAGUAACCAAAUCAGAUCCACAAUACCCUAAAAUACAAAUUCAUAAACGAUUAUUAAACAUUUUACAAAAUUUAUUAUUUAUUUUUACAUUUUUACAAUGUUGUAUUAUAAUUUAUUUGAUUUAUCAAUAUGAUAUACAUUUAAGAUUAAGAUCACCAUUAAAUGAUUUACCAAAUUAUAUAGCUACACGAAUACCAUGGAUACCUGAACAAUAUCAAUUAAAAAAUCAAAUGAGUACAAUUUGGUGGUCAUUGUGUAUUAUUUAUAUGCCAAUAAUGAUAAUAUUUUGUAGGUAUUACUUAGAGGUGAAUGAAAAUGGACAAAAGUAUAGAUGGAUAAUGAAACAAGAUAUACGUAAACCUCAAUCAGAACAAUUUUAUAGUACAAUAGUAUUUGGUAAAGAGUUUCGUCAACUCUUACUAGUGUGUUGCUUGACAACAAGUAUAUUUUUAUGGUUAUUCUACCUUAUAGGGUUGUAUAACUGUUUAUAUUUUAUCCAUUUCAAUUAUUGGCGCAAAAUUAUACAUAAUUGGCUCUAUGAAUUAAAAAGCUUCUAUUUAUUGGAUUUAAAAGAGUCACCUAAUGGAAUUAAACAAACAUCGUCACUAAAAACCCAUCAUCUACUGGAUGAUGGGGAAAAUUCUAUUUUGAUCAUUGAUAUUAUUCAAAAUAUGUUUGAAUGUUGUGGAAUUGAUAAAGGGUUUGUGGAUUGGGUAUCUGAUCAUGUGGAAACACCAUAUUUGCAUACUUAUCAAAAUUUGAUGAGAAAUGUAAAUGAUUCCUAUGAAGCAAAUUAUUCUAUUGAAAUAUCAACGAAUAGAAGUGUACCAUUUAGUUGUUAUAAAAGGAUCAAAUACAAUUUAGACAUAGAUAAUAUACUACUUAUUAAUGGUAGUAAUAAUAGUUCAAUUAGUAAUAAUGAAUUAUUUCAUAAUAAAGGAUGUGUUGAACCGAUUUUACACUUUGUUACAUCAAAAUGGAUGAAAUCACAAAUGUUAUGCCUAUUAAUAAUUAUACUCACAAUGACUCCUCAAAUAAUCGUGAUGUUGGCAAAUAUUCAGGUGGAAGCAUUAUGGAAAGAAAUAAAAACACUAAUGAAUAAAAUAAUGAACAUUACAAAAAAGGGAGUACUGAAAUUUAUAGAAAUAGCAAACGCUGGAAUAUCUCAAUUAAAAAAACCUCUUCUUCUACAUAUUUUUAACAUUAAAAAUUAUGAAGAAUACUUUGAAAAACUAUUAGAAUCCGAUGAAAAAUUUUACUAUGAACAAUUAACUAGACAUGAACAAAUUGAUUUCCAUGAAUCAGUUAUGGUUCAUCAAGAAAUAAAACUUAUCGAAACUACACUUGAAAAAUCACCAUCGAUAUUCGACCAAAAUUCUAAAGUUGAACAGUUUCAACAACAACAGAGUCAACAAAUAGAACAAUCAACUAGACCAGGACGAAAACAAAGUUAUUACCAGUUAACAAAUCAACAACAACAACAACGACAAAAACACCGACAGUACUCAGUGAAAUAUACUUCACAUAGAAAAUCGAAAAUAUAUACAAAUUUAAAUAGAAUUCCUAUAAAUAAAUUGCAUAAGUCAUAUGUACAUAUUAGAUCUAAUACAAGAUUACCUAAAGUUAAUCCACAUAUAAAUGAACGUCCAACAUGGAAGUAUACUUAUAAAGUAUAAUAAUAAUAAGCUAUUCAUAAUAACUUGUCAUUCUUAUAAACAUUAAUGACAAUAUUGAACAUGAUUACUCUAGAAGAGAUAUGAUUAACAUGAAUACACAUACUAAUUGAAAAAAAGUUCAGUGUUAAUGUAAAAUUCAUUGAUAAUUACAGUUGUCUUUUCUGA